ACUCGCCCUCUGCGUUUAGACAUUUAUGUAACGCAGUCUCUGUGGAUUAAUAAAGAGUUUAUGCUAAUUUCCCGCCGACGUCAUUCAUACUCUGACGUCGGCGGACCUGUCUGGGCCUGUGACGUCACGGACGGACUCGCGCGGUGCGGCAGCUGGAGGGAGCGCGCGCACGCUGCACCGCAUCGCGGGUCGAAACAUGACGCGCGUUUCGUUCUCGUGAUUUGACGGGUUUGAAAGGUCGACGGAUCUGAUGGAGGGAGCCGCGAGCGCAGGAUGUUCCGCGCUGACGGACGACUCGGACUCGGUGCUCGGCGCCGGCUGCGGGUCCGAGGCUGGAGAUCUCGACACUGGUUUAAAGAAGACCUACAUAACCGAGAUGCCAUCGUCCUCCGGUCCCAGUUCUGGUCUAGAGAAGAAGAUCGGUCACAGGCGAAUAGAUGCCUCUGGUGAGACCACCUACAAGAAGACGACUUCAUCUGCUCUGAAAGGAGCCAUUCAGCUGGGCAUCGGCUACACCGUGGGUAACCUGAGCUCCAAACCAGAGAGAGAUGUUCUCAUGCAGGACUUCUAUGUGGUGGAGAGCAUUUUCUUCCCAAGCGAGGGCAGUAAUCUGACCCCAGCACAUCAUUAUCCAGACUUCAGAUUUAAGACGUACGCUCCGGUGGCGUUCCGAUACUUCAGGGAACUCUUUGGGAUUCGACCUGAUGACUAUCUGUAUUCACUGUGUAAUGAACCUUUGAUCGAGCUUUCAAAUCCUGGUGCCAGCGGCUCGAUUUUUUACGUCACGCGAGAUGAUGAGUUUAUCCUGAAGACCGUCAUGCAUAAAGAAGCUGAAUUUCUACAGAAACUGCUGCCUGGAUACUACAUGAACCUGAAUCAGAAUCCUCGCACCCUGCUGCCUAAAUUCUUCGGUUUGUACUGCGUACAGUCGGGUGGGAAGAACAUUCGUAUCGUUGUGAUGAACAACGUUCUGCCGCGUGUCUUCCGCAUGCAUUAUAAGUUUGACCUGAAGGGCUCUACGUACAAGCGCCGAGCUUCAAAGAAGGAACGUGAGAAAUCUAGGCCCACUUUCAAAGAUUUGGACUUCAUGCAGGAGGUUCAAGAUGGUCUUCUUCUGGAUGUGGACACGUAUAACGCUCUGGUGAAAACACUGCAGAGAGACUGUCUGGUGUUGGAGAGUUUUAAGAUCAUGGACUACAGUUUGCUGUUGGGGGUUCAUAAUGUUGAUCAGGCGGAGCGAGAGCGACAGGUGGAGGGCUCACAGAGCAGCGAUGAGAAACGGCCGACGGCUCAGCGAGCGCUUUACUCCACCGCCAUGGAGUCCAUACAGGGCGGAGCUUCAUGUGGAGACUCUAUAGACACUGAUGACACAAUGGGUGGGAUUCCAGCAGUAAGUGGUAAAGGAGAGAGACUCCUGCUGUUUAUUGGUAUAAUAGACAUCCUGCAGUCAUACAGACUCAUUAAGAAGUUUGAACACACAUGGAAAGCUCUUGUUCAUGAUGGGGACACCGUGUCUGUUCACAGACCGAACUUCUACGCUGAUCGUUUCUUUCGAUUUAUGAGCAGCACUGUGUUUAAGAAGAGUACAUCACUGAAAGCAUCACCAGCUAAGAAAGGCCGUGCGGCACUGACGGUGCCCAAGUUCGGCGGCCCCGGGUCGGCCUGGUCUGCCAGUCAGCUUCCUUCAGAGAGAUACGAGAACACGUAUGAUCUGAGAGGAGCUCACAGUUACCCUGUACUGGAAAAUGAUGGUCUGCCGUCUUGCACCCCUCCAUCAUUUGAAGAAGCGACUACAGUGUCUGUAGCCACCACGUUGUCCUCAAACAACUCCAUAUCCGUACCUGAACGUUCACCAUCAGACACUACAGAACAUCCACGAUACAGAAGGCAGACGUUGUCUUUGAAGGAUGCUGAGGGAAGGACACAGGAAGUUGUUGAUGUUCACGAAGAGGAUCAGCAGACCAUCACUGUACAGGUGGAGGUGAAGAGAAACCGAGACUUUGAGGAGCCUGAUGAAUCUCCAGAGAUCAAUGUGGCAGAAGAUGUGAACGUCCUGGACCCAAAACGAGAGACAGAGAUAACUGCACCAUCACAAACUGAUGUUUCCAUGGCAGACAUGCCCAACAAACUGAAGACAGGCACUGAACCCGAGACGUCUGAGCAGAUCUGUUCCAGUGUAAGAGCGACUGUAGAGUCUCAAAGUCGUGAAUCACUGGAGGAGGAGCUCGCAACAUCUUCUGACAUCUGCUUUUAUGCUGAAGGCAGAUAUUGGCUUUAUUCUCCAGUUCUUAACAGGAGAAAGUUGAGCUCAUGCAGUGUUCAGCAUCAAGAUGAGAGAAGUUGGGUUCAUUCACCUCUUCAUUAUAACUCUGUAUCUGAUGAGGAUUAACAGGCAUAAGCUGAUUCUACAGUAGAAAUGUGCUGUAGGAUGAAUGAAGACUUGUCCGGUGACUGAUCUGUCGUCAGACUGAUGUUGUAAUGCUGACUCUGCUCUUCUCAGCGUGAUGAAAAGGGACAGAAAACCCAGAAAAAAUAGCCUGGGUGCCAUUUCCCAUCAUUCCUCAUCUCUGACUGUCCCGUGUGUUUGUGUCAGAUCAUGUAAGACAAACCUUCACGUGUGACUCUCUGAUAUAGUUCAUGUACUGUAAUGCUGAACCUGCUGUCCUGAUGUGUGGACGACCCAUAAUGCACUCAGAUCAGACUUGUGUAUGUGUAUCAUAUCAUUAUCGUAUCAUUUAUGAAGUGUGUGAGCUGUAUCCCGUACAGCUUCUUCAUUAUGCAAAUACUUCUCUCCAUUUUCCUGCAGAUCAUACACGAUUGCAUGUACAGUAAUGAUAUGAUAUGUUUUUAUGUUGUGUGCCUCUGCGAUGUUUAAAACAAAUCUUGUGUAGUGUGAAGAAAACAUAAAAGAUCUAAAAAUGAAAGCAUUACAGUAAGACGAAAUGUUGAAUGCUCUCUCAUUUGUAAGUCACUUCGGAUAACAGCGUCUGCUAAAUAAAUAAACAAACCUAAAUCACGGCAUAUGUUCAUAAAGAUGCUCUAUUGCCCACCUGCCGACCCUGAUUUGCAGAAGAGCUUACAAGAGAAAAUCUGACUAUUUCAUGGCUAUAGAAAGACAAUAACAUUCAAAGCUGAAUAUAAGUGUACAUAUUUUUCUGUCCGUCAUAAAAUAAUUUGACCAUUUUGUAAAUAUUUUUAACUCUAUUGUAUUUAUAGGUGAUACUUUACUGAUAUUGGUCGUCAAGGUUAGUGGUGAUACCCAGAUUUCAAUAGACUCCUGAGGUAAAGCGGAUCAGUCCAUGAGUCUAUUGCUAUCUCGAUCAGUGGUUUUCAAUCAUGUUCGUGGUGAUCCACUGCUCUCCACAUGAUCUCUUAUGUGACACACCUCACCUCAGUCCAUGGAGCUCUCUCCCAAAGAUUACAGUCAGAUAGAAGAGACAUAUGAUUUCGAUUUUUAUUUCCUACUGUAGGGCCUUCUGUUCUUGCAGUUAUUAAUAGCAGUUUGUCAUCAGGUGAGGUUUUUAAACAUGUAAUAGUGCAACCUCCAAUCAAAAAACUUGAUUUGGAUCUAUCAGAUCUUGGAAAUUUCAGGCCUAUUUCCAGACUACCAUUUCUCUCAAAGGUCCUUGAAUAGAUAGUUUACAGUCAUUUAAUGGCUUAUCUGAAAGAACACAGUAUUCUUGAAAUUUACCAGUCUGGUUUUAAAACUAUGCACAGCACAGAAUCUGCUCUUUUAAAUGUUUUUAAUGAUAUCUUUUAGCAGCUCAUUCUGGUAAUUCUGUUAUUCUUGUGCUUCUUGAUUUAACUGCUGCAUUUGACACUUUAGACCAUGACAUUCUGAUCUCUUGUUUGGAGCAGAGGGUGGGCAUCAAGGGCACAGCACUCAAAUGGUUCAGGUCGGACUUUCUGUGUCAGCUGUGGUGACUUUAAGUCCUCCUCCGCUCCUCUUACCUGUGGGGUUCCGCAGGGCUCAGUUUUAGGUCCUCUUUUAUUCUCUCUGUAUCUGCUACCGCUAGGCUCAAUCAUCAGGAAGCAUGGCAUGUCUUUCUACUUUUACGCAGAUGAUAGCCAGAUUUAUAUGCCUCUUGGCAAGAAUGGAACUAUCAGACGGUUGCUUGAGGGUCUAAAUGAUAUACAGGCCUAGAUGUCUCUUAACUUUUUACGUUUUAAUGUCAAAAAGACAGAGGUGAUGUUUUUUGUUGGCACCUCCUCGGCUGAUAUGGGUGCCCUGUCUCGGUACAAGAAACUGACUUUGAUUCCGACCUUGAGCUUGACAGUCAGAUCAGAGCAGUCGUUAAAUCCAGCUUUUUUCAGUUGAGGCAGCUGGCUAAAAUAAAGCCUCUUCUUUCAAGGCAGCACUUUGAGACAGUAAUACACGCCUUUGUUACAACUUGGCUGAAUUACUGUAACGCACUGUAUGUGGGGGUUAGUGGGUCCUCUGUUGCUCCGUUGCAGUUGGUUCAAAACGCUGCAGCACGUCUGUUAACUGAAACACGCAAAUACGAGCAUAUUACCCCUAUUGUAGCCUCACUUCACUGGUUACCCAUACAUUUCAGGAUCCAUUUUAAAGUUCUCUUAUUUGCUUUUAAAUCUUUACAUGGUCUUGCGCCUAAUUACAUUUCUGAGAAGUUACACCCUUAUACACCCGCCCGUUCUCUCAGGUCAACUGAUCAACUACUCCUGGAUUUGCCCAAAACAAAGCGUAAGCUUAGAGGGGACCGGGCUUUUGCUGUGGCAGCUCCUAAAAUAUGGAAUGAUCUGCCUCUGCCUGUUAGGCAGGCCUCUUCAUUAUCUUCUUUUAAGACGCUUCUUAAAAACCACCUCUUCUCUUUGGCCUUUGACACUAGACAUGUGUUUUAAAUUUGUUUUAUUUAAAUUUUAAUUUGUUUUAAAAAUCUUGCAUGAGUUGCGUUUUUAUGUUUAGAUGUUUUCUGUAAAGCACUUUGGUCAACUGUGGUUGUUUUAAAGUGCUUUAUAAAUAAAGAUUUGAUUUGAUAUGAAAUAUGCACAGGGCUGUUUCUAGCCAUUUUGACGCCCUAGGCGAAACCCUUAUUGGCACCCCAGAUCAUACAAUUAUACAUGCACUGUUACAUACAAAAAACACAAAUCAUGUUGUGAUCCUGUAUCACUCAAAUCUUUAAUGCAUCUCAUUUCAUAUCCAUUGUGAGCCAUAUUUACAGUAACUGUAUCAUCAUGAGGAAAAUUAAUCAUGGCUUUAUUUUUGAAGUAACCACGGUUUUAGCUGAUUUAAUACCAUAGUUUUACUACAAAUAAAAUACUGUUGUUAUUACGGUGAGAACAUAGUCAAUUUGUGGUUACUUACUACAAAUAAAACUAUGUCUAUUAUAGUUUAUAGCUUCCUUUUCUUAAGGGGAAGUGCUUUAUUAUUUAUGUGUAAAAAACAAAGGUUGUGGUCUUGAAAAGCUACAAUAAUUUUGGGCAAACCACAAAUACCACCUUCUGUCUGAUGCUGGUGAAAUAUCGUGCUGUACAUGCAACAUUCAGAGUUUCUCUUUUAUUUUGUUUCAGUGCUCAGUUUUUACUUAUUUUUUGUCAGUGAAGCAGCUGUCAAAAUGUAUAUACGCUCUUUGGCGCCCCUGCAGCUGGUGGUGCCCUAGGCGACUGCCUACUUUGCCUAUGCCCAGAAACGGCCCUAAAUGUGCAGUGCAGUAGAUCACCGGGAACUGGAUUGAAAAACACAGUUUGGCUUAUAUGAUCUGAUUAUAAUGCUGGUGUGUGUAUAUACUGUAAAUACUGUAAGAGGAGUAUGAUCAGGGUCCUGUGAUGACAGGGAAAUUAAUUCAGCUUGGAAACAAAAUUAUGAAAAUUUCUACCCAUGAUCGUAAAAUAUAUUAUACAACAGUUCUUUCUGGUUCUCGAAUCUGAUUGGCUAAGAGCUAUGCGAUAUUGUGCUAAUAUCGGCACUGUAACCGCUUCACCUUUCGUAUCAUUCCGCCACCUAGUGAAUGGAGGUCCUAAGCAGGCUCAUCUCUGAAUGGAAAAACACAGACGCGCUGUUUGGAUCACUCUCCGUGUAUCUCAUAGUUUACUAGCUCAUAAAUCAGUCUGUGAAUCCCCAAUCGGAAGUUAUUAUUGGAUGUUACGUUAAAGUUAAUGGGAUUAAUGUCUUGUCACAUCGUGUGGACGAUUAACACUUGGAAAGAGGAAUAUAAACACUCGUUUUUUUCUGGAGCUAUAUUUCUUAUCAGAACGCGAAAACACCGUGGAACUGCAGGUAAGCCCCGCAGCUUUUAAAUGUGGACAUUGAUCAUUUAUUUUAUCCUGACGUGACUAUUAAAACAUGUUAUGAGAUAUCGCCACUGGUAUAUUUAUAAGCAGCAUGCAAAAACAUCUCUCUGACACUUAUAAAAAACCGUUUUAUAUAGUACUGACAAGAACAAAGUUUAAUAAUAAUAAUCGAGUGCUCGUAUCACGUUAAGAAUAAAUGAGAAAGCAAUAGUAACGUUAUACAAGUAGUUUUAUUAACUUUUACCUCGCGCCAAAACAAUAACAACACAAAAGACACUAAAUAUGAAUUAAAAAA